AUGUCAAAAGUGACAGUUAAGCUAGUGGCGGCGGAAUCGCUAUACAAAAGAGACGUUUUCAGGUCGCCAGAUCCGUUUGCGGUGCUGACGAUUGACGGGCUUCAAACCAAGUCGACCGCUGCAGCUCGCAAAACGCUCAAUCCGUACUGGAACGAAACAUACACGUUUUCAGGUGUCAACGAAAAUGGAAUUCUGACAAUCCAGGUAUUCGACCAGAAAAAAUUCAAAAAGAAGGACCAGGGUUUUCUAGGAGUGGUCAACGUGCGAAUCGGCGAUGUCCUGGGCCAUUUGGACGAGGACUCCGUCAGCAGAUCGUCUCGCAGAGAGGAAACCAUUACCCGAGAUCUCAAGCGCUCCAAUGACGGCAUGGCCGUUAGCGGGCGCCUGAUUCUGGUGCUUUCAACAGCUUCCUCGAUUGCUGCGACUUCCUCGUCCUCUGCAGUGCGUUCUUCCUCGACUGCAGGGCCCGCAGCCACUUCUUCCAGUCCCGUGAACGAUCUGGCCGCUGCCACGGCUGCUACGCAUAUCACAAGCCCAUCGUCUGCCAACACAGCGUCAACGCCAGCCCAAACCGUGGCCAACACUCUUCAAAGCGGAACCGUCGGUACGGCUUCCACAACAGCGCCACCCUCCAGUUCUGCUGCGUCCAGGCAGUAUUCGUCUUUUGAGGACCAGUAUGGCCGUUUGCCACCUGGUUGGGAAAGAAGAACCGAUAACUUUGGCCGCACGUACUACGUCGACCACAACACGCGUACCACGACGUGGAAAAGACCCACGCUUGAUCAAACGGAAAGCGAGCGUGGCGAUCAGAUAAACGCCAACACUGAACUGGAACGCAGACAGCAUCGCGGGAGAACCCUUCCCGGGGCCAGCAACUCCGAGAGCGGCUCAUCUAUUGCGGUUCAAAGUAAUAAUGGCUCUACUACACCUAUGGUCAAUGGCGCUGCAGCAGCGGCUCUCGCUGCCACAGGGUCUACCACAUCUGGAUUGGGCGAGCUUCCCCCAGGUUGGGAGCAACGGUUCACUCCCGAGGGCCGCGCUUACUUUGUUGAUCACAAUACCAGAACGACUACAUGGGUCGACCCUCGCAGGCAACAAUACAUCCGUACUUAUGGUCCAGCCAAUACUACAAUUCAACAGCAACCUGUAUCGCAGCUUGGACCCCUACCUUCGGGUUGGGAAAUGAGACUGACCAACACUGCUCGUGUCUAUUUUGUCGACCAUAACACUAAGACCACCACUUGGGACGACCCACGCUUACCUUCGUCUUUAGAUCAAAACGUUCCGCAAUACAAGCGUGACUUCAGACGUAAAGUGAUCUAUUUCAGGUCGCAGCCUGCGCUCAGAAUCCUACCGGGACAAUGCCACAUCAAAGUUCGCAGAAAGAACAUCUUCGAGGAUGCUUACCAAGAGAUUAUGAGACAGACACCUGAGGAUUUGAAGAAGAGACUAAUGAUUAAGUUUGACGGAGAAGAAGGUUUGGAUUAUGGUGGAGUUUCAAGAGAAUUUUUCUUUUUACUCUCUCACGAAAUGUUCAACCCAUUUUACUGCUUAUUCGAAUAUUCUGCUCACGACAACUAUACGAUCCAGAUAAACCCCAAGAGUGGAAUAAACCCAGAGCAUCUAAACUAUUUCAAGUUUAUUGGAAGAGUGGUGGGUCUAGGUGUCUUCCACAGAAGAUUCUUGGAUGCAUUCUUCGUGGGUGCCUUGUACAAGAUGAUGCUUCACAAAAAGGUGGUCCUGCAGGACAUGGAAGGUGUUGAUGCAGAAGUGCACAACUCGCUCAAGUGGAUACUGGACAACAGCAUAGACGGUAUUUUGGACUUAACUUUCAGUGCAGAUGACGAAACUUUUGGUGAGUUGAUGACCGUGGAUUUGAAGGCCGACGGCAAAAACGUGGAAGUAACAGACGAGAACAAAAGAGAGUACGUGGAGUUGUUUACCCAGUGGAAGAUUUACAACCGUGUUCAAGAGCAAUUCAAGGCGUUCAUGGACGGAUUUAACGAGCUGAUACCCGAGGAUCUAGUCAACGUUUUCGACGAGCGCGAGCUGGAGCUAUUGAUUGGUGGUAUUGCUGAGAUCGACGUCGAGGACUGGAAGAAGAACACCGAUUACCGUGGAUACCAGGAAUCUGAUGAAACCAUCAAAUGGUUCUGGAAGGCCAUCUCCGAAUGGGAUAACGAGCAAAAGGCGCGUUUGCUGCAAUUCACCACAGGUACCUCCCGUAUUCCUGUCAACGGUUUCAAAGAUCUACAGGGUUCUGAUGGGCCCAGAAGAUUUACCAUUGAAAAGGCCGGUGAAGUCCAGCAACUGCCAAAGUCCCAUACCUGUUUCAAUAGAGUGGACCUUCCUCCAUACACUGACUAUGAGUCUCUAAAGCAAAAGCUCACGUUGGCUGUUGAGGAAACUAUAGGAUUCGGCCAAGAGUAA